UCCACUGCCCCUAAAUACGGAAGCCUGUUAAGCGAAAGAUUCUUAUAUUACAUCCAGGACCGUUUGAACAAUUUAAAAAUAUUUGUAACAGGUUGCCGGUCGUGCCGAGCUAAGUUUGAUGUUUGAAUCUUAAGUUAUCGGAUAUUGGAACUAACUUAACAAGUGUGCUACAGCAGAUUAGUCAUGACUGUUGCUGUUCCGGGCGAAAGUGCUAGAGAGAAAGCACUAAGUUACUACAGACGUAAACUUGUGGAACAUAGAGGAAUAGAUGCAAGGCUCAAGGAAGCUCGAGAAAAAUCCAAAGCUAUUUCGAAAGAGUACGACAAAGCAGAGAAUGAUUUGAAAGCGCUCCAAAGUGUUGGUCAGAUAGUAGGUGAUGUUUUGAAGCAGCUGACUGAUGAUCACUUCAUUGUUAAAGCUAGUAAUGGGCCGCGAUAUGUUGUUGGUUGUCGACGCAGUUUACAAAGCAGUAAAUUAAAGCCAGGCACUAGAGUUGCAUUGGACAUGACGACAUUGACAAUUAUGCGCCAAUUACCACGCGAAGUGGACCCACUAGUCCAUAAUAUGUCUGCAGAAGAUCCAGGUUCUGUAUCUUAUGCUUCCGUUGGUGGUCUGGCUGAUCAAAUCCGUGAACUCAGAGAAGUAAUUGAACUCCCGCUUAUGAAUCCAGAAUUGUUCCAUAGAGUUGGUAUAACCCCUCCCAAAGGAUGCCUUCUUUAUGGUCCACCGGGGACUGGGAAAACUCUUCUAGCACGUGCUGUAGCAUCACAACUUGAUGUUAACUUUCUAAAGGUUGUAUCCAGUGGUAUUGUUGACAAGUAUAUUGGUGAGUCAGCUCGUCUUAUUCGAGAAAUGUUCAAUUAUGCACGAGAUCAUCAACCCUGCAUUAUUUUUAUGGAUGAGAUUGAUGCAAUCGGCGGUCGUCGUUUCACUGAAGGUACAAGUGCUGAUCGUGAAAUUCAACGUACUUUAAUGGAAUUAUUAAAUCAGAUGGAUGGUUUUGAUGCACUUGGUCAGGUUAAAAUGAUCAUGGCAACUAAUCGUCCGGAUACCCUUGACCCGGCUCUACUUAGACCUGGACGUUUAGAUCGUAAAAUUGAAAUUCCUCUGCCUAAUGAACAAGCUCGAAUGGAUGUACUAAAGAUACAUGCAGCUCCAAUAGCCAAACAUGGUGAAAUAGAUUGGGAAGCAGUUGUUAAACUAUCUGAUGGAUUCAAUGGAGCUGAUCUACGUAACGUUUGCACAGAAGCUGGUAUGUUUGCUAUACGUGCAGAGCGAGAUUAUACAAUAGAAGAGGACUUUAUGAAAGCUGUACGAAAAAUAGCCGAUGCUAAGAAAUUAGAAACAAAAUUAGACUAUAAACCAGUCUAAAUAUAGGGAUAUAUUAUUUUGCAUGCACAUUGCUAACAUAUAAGAAGUUAUUCAACAAGUAUUGAUUUUCAAUAAAACAAACUUUGUUUUAUUAAUCAACCUAUUAAAGUGUUUAACCAAUAAUUACUUGUAUAUUUCAGUUGUUAUGUUUUAUAUAGUACAAGGUGAAAUAGAAUAUGUAAUUUACUAGUCAUAA